AUGGAUUUGUUGAGAUAUUCUCAUGUUUGUGGUAUCCAAGAUGGUUCAUGCAGUUGGAAUAAAUGCAAUAGGUGGAGUGAAAGAAAGGAUAUAUUGAAUGUUCAUCUAAUCUGUCAUACACAUAACGAUCCAGGCUGGAUUAAAACUAUUGAUCAAUACUACUAUGGAUCUCAAAAAGUAAAGACAGCAACAGGUGUGCAAUAUAUUCUUAAUACUGUAAUGGACGAGUUGGAAAAGGAUGAAAGCAAGCGUUUUGCAUGGUGUGAAACAUCAUUUCUAUGGCGUUGGCUCGUUGAUUAUAAGCAAAUGAAGCGCUUGCAAAAACUUGUCCAAAAAGGGCAAAUCGAAUUUAUUGGUGGCGGCUGGGUGCAAAAUGAUGAAGCCGUAGCUUAUUAUGUUGAUAUUAUUGAUCAAAUGACACUUGGUUUGAGAACUUUAAACAGAUAUUUUGGCGAUUGUGGAGUGCCAAAUGUCGCAUGGCAAAUUGACCCUUUUGGUCAUAGUCGAGAAAUGGCUAAUUUAUUGGCAUUGAUGGAUUUCGAAUCUCUUUUCUUUUCUCGUCUUCAUUUCUUAGAAAAAGAAAUUCGUGUACAAAAUUCAAGCCUGGAAUUUGUUUGGAAUAGUUCUGAUGAUCUCAAAACAAACAUCUUAGUAGGUGCAUUUUAUUGGGAUAGCUAUGGUCCACCACCGGGAUUCUGUUUUGAUCGUGAAUGUUUGGAUGAACCUAUUAUGGAUAAGGAUUAUUUGGAAGAAUACAAUGCUAUCGAACGUGUCAACAAAUUUGUUGAAUAUGUUAAAAAACAGGCCUCACAUCAACGAACCAAUCAUAUAAUGCUUCUAAUGGGAGGCGAUUUUCAAUAUACAGCAGCAAAUCAGUGGUAUAUCAAUCUCGAUAAACUCAUCUCACUUAUUCGAAAAAAUAAAACUUUAAGUGAAAAAAUUAAUAUCUUUUAUUCGACACCUUCCUGUUAUCUGAUGGCACUAAAAGAAGCACAUCCAAAAUUACCGCGGAAAUUGGAUGAUUUUUUUCCCUAUGCAUCCGCUAAUCAUAGCUAUUGGACUGGUUUCUUUACCAGUAGGCCCACAUUUAAAGGUUUCAUUCGACAAAGUAGUGCACUGUUACAGCUCGUUAAGCAACUUCAAUCAUUUACUAUGGAAAUAACAAAUAGUAGCUUAUUGCGGAAUGCCGUAGCACUUACGCAACAUCAUGACGCUAUUACUGGUACAGCAAAAGAAAGCGUUACCAAAGAUUACGAACUUCGACUUUCUCGAGGUUGGAACGAAGCUGAAGCAGCUAUUAACAAUGUAUUAAUGAAAUUAAUUCCAAAACUGAAUGGAAUCAUUCCCGAAAAGCAAAUCAUUUGUCGUGAUAUCAAUAUCAAUAAAGUAUUCUACAAUGGCGCACAACUUAAAAAACCGUUAAGUGCACCGUAUGAAUUACUUAUUCCAGCAAAUGUACCUGCACUUGGCUUCACAACGUUCUUUAUAUUUAAUCAAACGAUCACAAAAUUGGUUGAGUAUGCGAAGUAUCGCCCAGUUCAAAAGGCAACCAAAAAGGAACACGAGAAAGCUGCCAAUACAACAUACAUUGAACUUAUGUUCGAUAACACUGGACAGCUGAUGUCAUUGAAGAACCGGAAAACUGGAAAAACCAUUGCAUUGAAGCAGGAAUUCCUUGUUUACAAAGGAAUGGGUUUCCCAAAUUACAUAAAUCAAUCGUCAGGAGCCUAUAUUUUUCGACCAAACGGUACUAAGGCGGAGAAGAUAUCAAAUGUUACAACUGUGCAGUAUAUUGAGGGUUCAUUGAUAAAUGAGAUAAGGCAAAUCAUUGCUCCAUGGAUCAGUCAAGUGAUUCGCUUGUAUCGUAACAAGAAUUUGGUGGAAUUUGAAUGGACAAUUGGGCCAAUACCAAAAGAACUUAAAAAUCCGAUAACAAAGGAAAUAAUUACACGAUAUACAACAAAUAUAAAUUCGACUGGCAUAUUUUAUACCGAUUCAAACGGAAGGCAAAUGAUGAAAAGAACCAAAAACCGUUAUCCAUCAUUCUCGUAUAUCAAUACGGAACCGAUAGCAGGGAACUAUUAUCCUGUAAAUAAUCGUAUUUAUAUUCGAGAUUCGAUAAACCAAUUAACUGUACUUACGGAUCGUUCUCAUGGUGGUACUAGCCUGAACGAUGGACAAAUUGAAUUAAUGCUCCAUCGUAGAUUAUUUUAUGAUGACAAUUUCGGUGUCGGCGAAGCACUGGAUGAGUUAGGUGAUACUGGACAAGGGUUGGUUGUCCGAGGACGACACUGGAUCAUAAUGGAAAGUCCCGAAAAUUCGGCAAAACUUCACAGACCACUUGCUUUUGAACUUUAUAAUUCGCCAUUAAUUACGUUUGCGGAGCGCAAAAUGGAGCUGUCAGAUUAUGAUCGGACAUUUAUUACUGAGUAUUCUGCUCUAAAUCGAUCACUUUCACUAGCUAUCAAUGUUCUAACCAUGGAAAUGAUAGCUCCAAAACGUAUUAUCAUUCGUCUUGAGCAUAUUUUCCAAGGUCAUGAGGAUGAAAAUUUAGCUCAACCCAUCGAAAUCAAUUUAAAUGGUUUAUUCACCUCAUUCGAUAUUGUCUCCAUCGAACAACUCAAUCUUGCAACAAUGAAAAAAAGAAGUUCGAACAAGUUUGCACGAAAUAAUCCAUUUAGACCGAAUCAGAAUUCUCCAAGAAUCUCCCAAAAAGAGUUGUUGGUCAAUUUACAGCCUAUGGAAAUUUUGACAUUCGAAGCCGAAAUACGCCCCAUCAAGAAAUCACAAUUUCAUUCUCAAUAA